GAUUCUAUUAUCAUUAUGGGAUUUGGAGGUAUGGGCAAAACAUCUUUAGCAUUGAAGUUGCUGAAUGAUGUAGCUGUGGAAGCUAAAUAUGGAGCUUAUAGAUACUUCAUUCCUUGUGAUAUUGUCUGUAGUGCUGAGCCUACUGUUGAGGCAUUGCUGCAGACUAUGUCAAAGUUGAUGAAGUUGCAAUUGACUGAUGAUGCAGUAACACAACUGCAUACUAUAUUCAAGCCAACAAUUUUGGUUUUGGAUAAUUUUGAAACACUUUGGGAGAAUAGUAAAGAUCAAUAUGAUGUUCAGAGACUUUUGGAACAGUUGGAUUCUGUGCCACAGAUUAUGCUGAUAAUUACUAUGAGAGGACAAGUUCCUCCUACAGAUAUAAAUUGGCUAGAACUUCCACAUAAUGGUCUGUUACCAUUAGCUGAAUCUGUCUCAUUGAAUGUAUUCAAUGCUAUUUCAGGGUAUAAUGUUGAUAUGGAAAAAGUCAGUGAAUUAGUAGGACAACUAGCAGGAUGGCCAUUGGCUAUUAUGUUAAUAGCACAUCAAGCUAAAACUAUUUCUCCAAAAGUACUUGUUGAAAGCUGGAAGAAAGAAAAGACAUUAUUAUUAGCAAAACCCAGAACUCAGCCUCAUUGAUUAACAAGUGUUGAUAUUUCAAUCAAGAUAACUCUUGAAUCAUCAUUGAUUUCUUCAAAGCCAGAUGCUUUGAGGUUAUUAAGUGUGAUCUGUAAUUUUCCAAAUGGCAUUCCUACAUAGACUAGUCUAUUGAGUAAAAUGGUACCAGAUCUUAGUCAAAUUACUUUAAUAGUGUCAAAUUUAUUGCAAUCCAGAAUUAUAUAUGAAGAUGAUAAAAAAGGGUUGAGAUUAUUGCCACCAAUUCAGGAAUAUCUCAAAAUCUAUUUUCAACAGUCAGAUAUAUGUAUAAAGGAGCAG